AUGCUUCUGUAUACCAAAAAGGCACCCCCGAAAGUUCCUAAGAAAAGAUCGAGAGCUGGAUGUAUACAUUGUAAGGAAAAGAAAAAGAAGUGCAACGAAGAACGUCCGCAAUGCAAUAGGUGUACAGAACGAGGUCUGCAAUGCGCAUAUGAAGCAGUAAAGCCGCGAAAACGAAGAAGGGCGUCCUAUGCGGAAUCUGCCCUCUCGCUCGAAUAUGGCUCCCCAGGCUCCGAUCGCGAACGAUGGCCGCGACAAUACUCGCAAGGGCUUAGCAUAAUUACAGACAAAAGUGCGGAAGAUGCGCCAAAAACUUGGGAGGAAACGACGGAAUAUCCACUAUCUGCAACUUCUGAGCAGUCGGGCUUUACUUGGGGAAGCUUUUAUGAUAAUGAUAACGAAGUCGAAGAAAUAAUACGAGACGAUCCGUAUGUCAAUUCCUCUUCUGGCAGCACACUGGUUCGGUCACGAAGUCAAUAUCCAGAUUUAGCAAUGAUUGCUCCUUCUCCGGUUGCAUCUCCUCUUCUCGAAUUUAGUUCACCAGUGUUUCUAGAAUUCGCAGAGAGAAGAAACCGCAGGGCUCUCGUGGACCAUUUCUGCAAUACUCUGUCUCAUCUCAUUGUAUUCAAAGAAGAUACGGGCAACCCAUUUCGUCAACUUAUUCUACCAUUGUCUCACGCCAGUUCACCAGUGAUGAAUGCAAUAUUCGCAUUGAGUAGUGCACAUAUGGAAUAUAGGGGGGUGGAAAAUGAAGAGAAAUCUUCGGAUUUUCAUAACAGCGCUUUGCAAGGAUUGGCAAAGCUCAUUCAACAAAACGAUCAGGCAAAUAGAGAAGAAAUUUUGGGCGCAAUAAUGUUACUCGUUUACUACGAAGUGCUCGUACAACGCGGAAACUCGAGUAUUGUACAUGGUCAUCUGAAAGGAGCGAUGACGAUUAUGGAUUCUAGACAUCAGGAACCGAGUCCGACGAGCCUAUUUCUCGAGCGGGCCUUUCGAUUUUACGAUGUCAUUACAGCUCUUUCUUUAGGAACACCUCCAACUACUACUUCGCAGCCUACAGCAAGCCCAUUUCCUUUACCGUUUUCACCCAGUGAGGCAAACAAAAAUUCACCAUUAGAUUCGGUUGACACACUCCUCGGUCUUUCGACAGAAUUAUGGCCAAUCAUUCAUCGACUUGCACACCUGCUAUCUUACAAAUCUUCUCUUCAAGCUGCCAUUGAAGGUAAUCAAUUGAGUAAAGCAAGUGUUUUGCGGACCGAAUUAGAAAGUACAUCUCAGGCUAUUGAGAUGGCUCUUACGAACUGGAAGCCAAGUUUUGUAGCUAAAGGACCUUCCUCACCCAGGGAGAACAAUGAAGAAGACGAUGCUUCUUCGAAGUAUGAUAUUACUCCCGUGGAAGCACGUAUGCAAACCAUCCUUAACAAUGCCGAAGCAUAUCGUCACUCCGCGUUCAUAUAUCUCUAUCGUACCAUUCAAUCUCACCCCAGGUCUCAUCCUUUAGUUCAAAAACACACAAAUCUUUCACUAAUCGCUUGUGCCAAUGUUGUCGGACUAGCGGAGCUAUGCGAUGAUGCACCAAUGUCUGCGUUAUUAUGGCCAUUAUUCGUAGCAGCAUGCGAGGCUGAAUCGGAAACGGAUAGGGAAUUAGCAACGAAGGCUUUUGAGGGAACAGAGAGGAGACAGGGAAUGCAGAAUAUUUUGCGUGCUUGGGAAGUGGUGCAAGAAGUUUGGAGCAGGGCAGAUAAGGGGACCUAUGAGGAUGGGGAUUGGCGGGAAAUUUGUGAUAGCAAGGGGUGGAACAUUGUUCUGGGAUAG